AUGUCCGAUCCUCACACAUCAUCCACUGAUGUGUCCCAUGUAUCUUGCUCUUCGCCUGCGCGUGCCUGUCCCUCGCCAUUGGCUGCGCACGUUGCCGCGCCAACGACCGCUGUCAUCGACGCCACCACGCCUGCUGCGCCACCAACAAUGGUGCGCCCGUUCCAACUGCUCUCGUCGGAUCUCCAAGCUGCGCGUGUGCAGCCUGCAAUGCCGCUUGGCUUGCGGCAUCCCCCUUGGCGGUUCUCGGUGCUGGCGUCCACCGGCACCUGCUUCUCGGCCCUUUCGGUGUGCGAGCCCAACCUCGUGACCACGGUGCAUGACCAUGACGCCAAGACUUUCCAGUGCGCGCUGUGCCUUGACCUGUCGUUUUCGGCGUUUGCUUCCCUCCGCCGCCACCGCACCACUACGCAUGCUGGCACUGACUUCGCCGACGCAUACCGUCUAAGCUGUGGCUGUGACGAGUCCUUCACGACGCGCUUGCUCGCCCUUUGCCAUUCAAACGCUUGCGCUCCAACGGCCGCGCCGACCCCUUCACCCCUCCGGCCCUUUGUCCCCCAUGCUGUCCGCGCGGCAUUCCCCGCUGUCCCAGCGCUGACUGCAGCCCUGGCGGAAGUGGCGGCCGAUGAAGAGUGCACAAACCAGAACAAUACUACACUUGCGGUGGCACCCCCGCUGGCUUCGCGUUUUGCAGCCUCGGGGGCUGGUAUCCCACCCCAACCUUGUGUGCCUACCCUUGCGGUUGGCCAUGCCGUGCCCACGGAUUCCCCGGCGCGCCAAUUACUCUCAUGUCCCACGUGCUCGCGCUGCUUCCCAUCCAAACGCUCGCCGGCCCAACGUGCUUGCACUUCGGGCGGCUCCAUCGCGGCCAAGCACCCCCGAUUUGGCCCUCCUCGAGUACCACCAACACUUCCUUUGGACAUUGCCAUUGCCCCUGAGAUUCCUGUUGCUGCCCCGGCCCCAGUAACCUUUGUGCUUCGCACUGAUGGCGGCUGUCGCGUCAACGGCGCCACGGCCCAAGCAUCCAACCCUGGCGGCGCUGGAUCGGCGCUCUCUGCACCCGACGGCACUUACCAAGCCCUGCUCAAUGGCCUCCAAGGUGUCCUCCAUUGGCGCCUCCCAACGCUUCGCAUCGAGUGCGACAGCCAACUUGUCCUGUCGCAAGUGUCUGGCAAUGCUCGCGUGUCCCUUCCGCUCUUGCGCUCGCUGCGCAACCGAGUCCUCAAGGCGUUGGCCCACCUCCGCCACAAGGGCACCUUCACGUCCUUGCACCACAUCCCGCGCAACGAGAACACGGUGGCCAACGCGGCCAUGGACCUCAAGGAGACCUCUUACGAGUGCCAUUGCGUGCACCCAGCAAUCGCUUGCGUCCCUUGGUGCCCCGCCUUGAUGUGUUCUGCACUUCCACGAUCCGUCCCAGCGCUGGUGUCCUUUGCCAAUGGUGUACUUGUGUCUCGCUCUGACACCAACGCGCCGUAG